AUGUCUCGCUCUAACUGGCAAAAAGCCAAGAGGGAGGGCGCUACCCAGCACUUCACGCUAGUUUAUAGGCCCCAAAAUGACCCUCUAAUCAAUGACGAUACAGCACCGUCUAUGGUUCUGAAACCCACGCCAGGCAGCUCCAAAGGCAAGAAGCUUGACGACCUGGCAUCCGAACUGGGAUCAGAUGCUCAGAGUAUACGGGACAACGAGGGCGAGGCGGCCAACUUCGGCGUUUACUACGACGAUACUGAGUACGACUACAUGCAACAUCUGCGCGAGAUUGGACAAGGUGCCGGAGAUGCCGUGUUUGUGGAAGCGAAGCCACCACAAAGCAAGGGCAAGGAGAAGCAGAAGCAGUCUCUGGAGGAAGCCCUCAAGCGCAUGGAUCUGGAGCAAAACUCCGAACAGCUCUUUGAUGAGGACAUGUUGCCAUCCAAGGACUUGCAGAGGUUGAACUACCAGUCCCAGCAAGAUGUGCCAGAUUCUAUCGCGGGCUUCCAGCCAGACAUGGACCCUCGCCUCCGUGAGGUUCUUGAAGCAUUGGAGGACGACGCUUACGUGGAUGACGACGGCGGCGACGACAUUUUCCAAUCAUUGGCAAAGGAUGCGAAGGAGCUCAAGGACCACGAGUUUGACGAGACAUACGAUGAGUUUGACGGUGAUGACGGCUGGGAGUCAGACGGCACUGCGAAGCCCACAAAGGAGUACAAAGAUGAUGAGGUGCCAACUCUUGUGAACACAGCCGAAGCACCGGCGCAGGGUCCACCUGAAGACUGGCUCGAGGGUUUCAAGCAAUUCAAGAAAGAUCAAAAGACAGAGAAGCAGCCGGCAGUGCCCAAGCAGGAGGAUGGGCUAUCUUCCAUAUGGACAACAACAACGAUGGGAGGUCGAAAGAAGAAGAGAAAGGGGGCCCUCACCAAUCCUUCAGCCUACUCAAUGACUUCUUCCUCGCUUGUGCGCACAGAGCAGUUGGGCAUAUUGGACGCACGCUUUGAGAAGAUGGAGGAACGAUACAACGACAUUGACGAUGAGGGCUCGGUUGUCUCAGGCAUGUCAUCCAUGUCAAGUGUACAGGGCGCGAUGAGACAGGAUUUCGACGGUAUUCUCGAUGAGUUCUUGGGUAACCACAGAAUGCAAGGAAAGAGCCGCGUCAAGCGAGGAAAAGACCAAUCUGGACUUCAACAACUUGAUGAGAUCAGGAGUGGCUUGGGACCAGCGCGGAUUCGAGGUCGAAAUGCAUAG